AUGCACACAGACUGGCAGCAGAAAUUCAUGCAGCAAUGCACUCUAUAUGCAUCUCCCACUGCAGGCUUCACUCCCACCUUUUUCGCCCUACCCCAUCUCAUCAGUCUGCAUUUCUCUCCCCCAGUUCUGGCGCUGCAGGCCCGGAAGAAACGGACCAAAGCCAAGAAGGACAAGGCCCAGAAAAAGCCUGAAACUCAACAUCGAGGCCCUGCUACUCAUUCAGAGAAUGAUCUCCCUGAACAAGAGGAGGAAAUUCUGGGAUCAGAUGAUGAUGAACAGGAGGAUCCAAAUGAUUACUGUAAAGGUGGCUAUCAUCUUGUGAAAAUAGGAGAUCUAUUCAAUGGGCGAUACCAUGUGAUCCGGAAACUAGGAUGGGGGCACUUUUCCACGGUGUGGCUAUCUUGGGACAUUCAAGGGAAAAGGUUUGUGGCGAUGAAAGUAGUGAAGAGUGCUGAGCACUACACAGAAACAGCACUGGAUGAAAUCAAACUGCUGAAAUCGGUCCGCAACACUGACCCCAAUGAUCCAAAUAGAGAGAUGGUGGUUCAGUUAUUAGAUGACUUCAAGAUCUCAGGAGUGAAUGGCUCCCAUAUCUGUAUGGUGUUUGAAGUUCUAGGGCAUCAUCUCCUGAAGUGGAUCAUCAAGUCAAAUUACCAGGGCCUUCCACUCCCCUGUGUCAAAAGAAUCAUCCAACAGGUUCUGCAGGGUCUGGAUUACUUGCACACAAAGUGUCGGAUCAUCCAUACAGAUAUUAAACCCGAGAACAUUCUGCUGUGUGUAAAUGAACAGUACAUCCGCAGGCUGGCUGCGGAAGCAACAGAAUGGCAGAGAUCUGGGGCGCCCCCUCCUUCUGGCUCUGCAGUGAGUACUGCACCUCAGCCCAAACCAGCUGACAAAAUGUCAAAGAAUAAGAAAAAAAAAUUGAAGAAAAAGCAGAAACGGCAGGCGGAACUACUGGAGAAGCGAAUGCAGGAGAUAGAGGAGAUGGAGAAGGAGGCAAGCCCUGUACAAACACAGCCUGAAGAGCAGGAAGAAGCUCGGAACCCUCUUGAGAUGCUCUUAAAAGAGAGCCCACCUGAUGAAGGGGUACCAGGAAAGCUGGAUGAAGUUGCCCAUGUACAAGAGCAAACUAUCCUAAUGGAAGGCAGCAUGGAAAAAUGCAUACCAGAAAUCAACUGCAAUGGCGUGGUACAAAUGACUGCCUUCUCAGACUCCAGCAACCAAGGGUCUGGGAGGCUUGAGGAGGACCUUCAUAAUGCCAAUGACUGUGAUGAGCACCCUCUGGCACAGGAAGAGGACGGCUUCCAUAGCUGUAAUUACAGCCAGCGUAACGGAGACUCAGAGAACAGGUCGCGAGAAGUAAUGUCGGACUCAUGCGUGCCCUUAAUUUCUGAGGUGCUAGAUUCCAUGGUAUAUCAGCCAACUUCAAGUGAAGAGCAAUCGUUCAGUGAGCAGGAGAUCAGCCAGUUGCAAGAGAGUAUACGUGCAGAGAUACCCUCAGAGGAUGAGAAUGAGAAUAAUGACCCAUCUGAGAACAAAGGAAAAUCCACUGCUGGGAAUUUUCUCCUUAAUCCCCUUGAGCCCAGGAAUGCAGAUAAGCUCAAAGUGAAGAUAGCUGACCUAGGAAAUGCCUGCUGGGUGCACAAGCACUUCACUGAGGACAUUCAGACAAGGCAGUACCGGUCUCUGGAGGUGCUGAUAGGAUCUGGGUAUAACACCCCUGCUGAUAUUUGGAGCACAGCCUGUAUGGCCUUUGAACUAGCCACAGGAGACUACCUGUUUGAGCCCCACUCUGGAGAAGACUAUUCCCGGGAUGAAGAUCACAUUGCAUUGAUCAUAGAACUUCUGGGGAAAAUACCUCGCAAGCUCAUUGUGGCAGGAAAAUAUUCCAAGGAGUUUUUCACCAAAAAAGGGGAUCUGAAACACAUCACCAAACUGAAGCCCUGGGGCCUUUUUGAAGUUCUGGUGGAGAAAUACGAGUGGUCCCAAGACGAGGCAGCUGCAUUCACAGACUUCUUAUUACCUAUGUUGGAGCUGAUUCCAGAGAAACGGGCUACAGCAGCUGAGUGUCUCAGGCACCCCUGGCUUAACUCCUAGGUCUUCAACCCAACAUCACAGCCCUACACUCUGGUUUACAGCAUAGCAUACGAACACUCAGCUGUUCCAACUGCCCCUCCCCAGAUCCAUUUUUUUCCUCUUGUUCCUUUUCAGUGUGAAGCUCUUCCUUCAAGGCUUCCGAGAUUUUUAGAUAAAUUUAACCUGUUCAGUUGAGUUUGCUUAUUUGAUUAAGCGGAGACUCUUCUCAGCCAGUGGGCAUCCUGUGAAAUUGGCCUUGAUUGGGCUUUGCCAAAGAUUAAUUGACUGACUGGAAUACAAAGUUGCCCCUGAGUCUCUUAUCUGUUAGUGUAGGCGUGAGCUGAUCUGCAUUAGUGUGUGCUCCCUUAACUAAAUUACACCCAUGAAAGGGAUAUGAAGAUCUGGGAAUCCAUCCUUAGCUCACUGACUCCUGGGAGUCAAUUUUCCACUGCACGUCCAGUAGCUAGCAGGAGGAUGAGAAAUGGCAGAUUGGUACCUGGGUGAUAACUCCAUGUGGAACAGAACUUGAAAUCCUCCACCCAUCCCUAGGUCUCGUGUUUCUUGGAUGACUUCUCACGUUCUUUCCAGUCAAAUAAUUUCUUUAGUUUUAGCCACUGAAUCCUAUGAAAAGCUGUAUUUAAAAAGUAUUUUUAAUACCAUUAUUUUUCCCCAGUGUUCAGAUUAGUUUCUGAAUUCAGUGAAACCUGCUACGCUCCCUCAAAUGCCUGAACCCUGGGACUAAAACGUGACAUGGAAAAUAAAAAAGCAAAGCUGGAACUGGUUAAAUGUACAAUCUUCAGAAUAGAUGUGUACAUGCUUUGCUGGCAGAGUGGUAGUUGGGCUGCAGGCAACUCUUCCUAGACAUUUGAGUGAGCUGUACAAUUUCCCCCCCCCCCCAUACUGGCACUUCCUUUGCCUUGCCUGAAGUUGUCAUUGCAUCAGUAAGCAGUUGGUAUUCAGUCUGGAAGAUGGGAUGUACUUUCUCUUAUUUUGAUCAUUCUGUUGCGAAGAGGGGCCGGUGGUAUCUGUGUGUCACAGCCACGCUGUUCCCUGACCUCAAAAUACCACAUUUCCAAAGCUUAAUGUAAAGAUUUCUACUGUUAGCUUGCCUUAGGUGCUGGCCUUUAGAAGUAACUUCCCCAAAUGGGAUUGCCUUUUAUUUUCUGAGACGAUUGAGUACUUGGGGAUUAACACAAGGACAGGUGAACUACAUGGUUUGUCUUUUUCCUGUAGACAUAGGGUCAGCUUCUGUUUCCUAGAAUCACCCCAAAUAUGGUUGUCCCAGGAGAAUAUUAUGUAAGGUUUUUAAACUUCUCAGAGAGGGCUGGGUGUAAUGGAGGUUUGUGGGGGCAGUUAUUUUAAUUCAAAGUUAAAGCAUUGUAGUGUUUGCUAGUUUUACGAUGCAUCUCUCCUAGGCUUUCCUAAGUGAUUACAGAUUCAUUGCAUCCUACUCUAAAGCAAGGUUUUGGCAGGGUAGGGAC